UUUCCGGUCAGCGGCCUGAGGUGACCUCUCAAAAUGGUUCGCUAUUCACUUGACCCAGAAAACCCCACAAAAUCAUGCAAGUCGAGAGGUUCAAAUCUUCGUGUUCACUUUAAGAACACUCGUGAAACAGCCCAGGCCAUUAAGGGUAUGCAUAUCCGAAAAGCCACCAAGUAUCUGAAGGAUGUCACUUUAAAGAAGCAGUGUGUGCCAUUCCGUCGUUACAAUGGUGGAGUUGGUAGGUGUGCCCAGGCCAAACAAUGGGGCUGGACGCAGGGUCGCUGGCCCAAAAAGAGUGCUGAAUUUUUACUGCACAUGCUCAAAAAUGCAGAGAGUAAUGCUGAACUUAAGGGCUUAGAUGUAGAUUCUCUGGUCAUUGAGCAUAUCCAGGUGAACAAAGCCCCCAAGAUGCGGCGCAGGACAUACAGAGCUCAUGGUCGGAUCAACCCAUACAUGACCUCUCCCUGCCACAUUGAGAUGAUCCUUACUGAAAAAGAACAGAUUGUUCCUAAACCGGAAGAGGAGGUUGCCCAGAAGAAAAAGAUAUCCCAGAAGAAAUUGAAGAAACAAAAACUUAUGGCCCAGGAAUAAAUGCUGCAAAAAAUAAAUGCAAAUAAAAGUAAAAAAAA